CAUCAUCAAUGGCGUCACCUCAACAUUAUCUUGUUUAUGAUGAGGAAGGCACCACGACGGAUCAUAAAAUGGAAGAAGACGGUCGUCUUGAUUUAGCAACGGAAACGGUAUCAUCAGUGUCAUCAACAAAUCCCGGAACUGGAAUCGGAGUUGGUCUCGGUAUUGGAGUUGGUGGUACUGGUGCCUAUACUGGUGGUGGUUUUGCUGGCUAUUGGCAACAUUCCACAACAACUGGUUAUUUACCAAUAUUUGAUUGGGGAUCAAAUUCUAUUGCCGCUGGAACACAAUCGUUGACAUUUCCCAAAGACGAAAAUCGAAGUCAAUGAAAUUGACUAUAUAUAUAUAUAUUUGUGCAAAAAAAUAAUAGUAUUCAGAAGUAUAGCUUUUUUUGACAACCCACAUAUGAAUUUAAAUAUCGACAGGAAAAAAAAAAUUUUGCUGAACUGAAUUUUCAGAUGUUAUGCAAAAUCGUGUUUUCUACAACAGUGGUUUUUUUUUUAGUUUUAAAAUUAAAGUAAAACAAGUUUUUAAGUAUACAUUUUUGAGGUUCACUAUUCCAGUUAUUCGAUCGAGAUUAAAUUUAAGGAGAUUCGACCCACUAACAUAACCUCAAACAAGUAGUUUUUAACAUAAACUAAAAAUAUAUUUAAAAUUGAUUUCACUUAAAUAAAAAAAGAAGUGAAAUAAUUAUUAUUUAACGACAAAAUUUUUGAUCAAAAUAAUUUAUUUUCAAAAUUGUAUAACUGAAUUUUUCCAAAAUUGGAAAAAAAUUAAUUUUAUUUAUAGUUUUCUUUUUGUAGUUUAAAACAACUUUUUAGUUUGAGGUUAUGUUAAUGGGCUAAGCAUCCUUAAAAAAAAAAACAGAAAAGAUAAAAAUAUCUUAUUUAUAAAAAAACAAACGAUUUUUCCCUCUGAUUUAGGGUAAAAAUUCUAUAAGCCGAAUUAUAAUAUAAUCCGUACACAGACGGAUAUUAAUUAUAUAUAAGGGAAUCAAAAUCAAGUGUAAAUUCUCAAUUUGGAAAUUUGUCUUCGAAAAUAUAAUAUAAAAUACUCUGUGAAAAAAUUUUCAAAAAUGCAAUAUUUCUAUUUAAAAUUUUAUUUUAAAUUUUGAUAAUACCUAAUCAUCCAAAACCUUGUUAUAUACAGAUUUUUCAUUAAAAGAUGUGUACGACUACUACUACUACUAUUAUUAUUAUUAUUAUAUUUAUUAUUAUUAUUAUUUUUAUUAUUAUUAUCAUUAUUACUAUUAUUAUUAUUAAUAUUAUUAUUAUGUAUUAUCAUUAUUAUUAUUAUUAUUAAUAUUAUUAUUAUAUUAACUGUGACUGUGAUGAUUGGGUUUGAAAACUCAUGAAAAAUCAGGUGUAAAAUUUUUUGAUAAAUUUUGCCCCCUAAAGCAAAAAAAAAAAAACUCAUAUGAAUUUCUCGUAAUGCAAAUUUAAUCUUUAUUAGAUUAUUUAUAAUAAUAAUAAUAAACCGAAAUAUAUCAGGAAAUUUAUUAUAUAAAUAUAUAUAUAUAUAAUAAACGACAUAACCGCGCGUUGUAUUAUGGGCUUGUAAAGAUCUUUCGCGAAAUCCUGUAGAUACUUGUAUAGUAGACAGUAAUUUUAUGCGAUUCGAUGAAUGUAUACUAAAUUGUUAAAUUUUUAACAUUAAUAAUAAUAAUGUUAAAUAUAUUCACAGCAAAUACCAAAACAAAAUAAAAAAAAAAAAAAAAAGGAAAAAACAUCUUAGAGUUAAGUUUUCAGUAUAUAUAUAAAUAAGAAAAAUUGCAUCAUUAAUCAAAUGAUGGAAAAUGAUUGUACAGGAAAUUACAUUAUAAUAUUGGUUAGAAAUAUCUUAUAAAUAAAUAAAUAAAUAUAUAUAUAUAUAUUAUAAUAUCAAUAUCAAUAAAUAGUUAUAUAUAUAUAAAAUAAUAUAAAUAUAUAAUAUAUUGUAACCCUUGAAAUAGCAGCGACGAUAUCAGCGGUACUUUUUUUGUUCUUGGAUAUAUUUGUAUGUAUAUCCAAGUAUCAUUUUUCGACGAAGCUAUGUAAAAAGAACUGUAUGAAUAUAAUUCUAGUAUGUGCGAUCUAAUGAAAAAUAAAAA